AUGCAUUUCUCCUCUGCCACUGUCCUCGCCAUCAUUGCUGCUUUAGUGCCCUCAAUCUCUGCCAUGCCAACUACUAGUGAUGCAGCUAGCCCUUACAACUUUCAAUGCUCCAAAUAUUGCUUCGAUGACGAUGAUUGCAUACCAACUAAAGAUUGCGCAUGGAAGAAAUGCGGCCCUGCGUAUUACUGCCAUCGGCAGAACAAUUCCAAGGUAGUUCUUCCGGCAGAACUGGCAGAACUUCAGGCUGGACAUGUGCGCGAGUUCCGUCACAUUCUGCCGGGGAGGUUCUGCCCACAACAGCGGCAACAAUAUGGCAAAUCGUAG